UAUUUCACCAUUCCUAGCACAUUCUAAAAACGUAAACAACUCCAAGUUUAGUUAAUUUUUGAACAAAUUAAUAGAAAUGUCCAUGCAAAAUGGCAAAAUAAUCGACCAGAAGGCAUACCUCAAGAAGUACCUGUCCGGCGACAAGGAAAAGAAGAAGAAAAAGAAGGACAAAAAGCACAAAAAGUCGGCAAAAGUGAAAAUCAUCGACGACGAUGCCUACGAAGAUGUUGGCCUGCAAAUGGACGAAGAUCUGUUGCUGGGCGGCGAAGAUGCACCGCAAAUAGUGGGCGAGUACAUUGAGGACAAUCCGGAGGCUGUGCGCAGCAAGUGGCGCAACAUUGCCGUCAAGGAUGAGCUCAAAGAGGAGCAGCAGCAGGACGAGGGUGAGGCUGUGGCUGCGGCGGCGGCGUCUGUGUCUGCGGUGCACAUCAAACAGGAGCCGGCGGAUGAGCAGCCUGAGGAGUCGCUGUGGGGUCGCAAGGCCACCAAGCAGGAACGCUCACCGCUGGCCAUUAAAAUCAAGCAGGAAAAACGCAGCAGCUCAAGGGAUUUGAGUCCAAGGAGAGGCUUGAAGCGGGUUGCAGCUGCGGGGAAGAGUCCGCAGAGGAGGAAACGGGAGCCAGAUGAGAGUCCACCCAGGAGAAGGCGCGGCAGUACAGAUCAGAGUCCACCACGCAGGAGGCGGCGCAGCCCCGACCAGAGUCCACCCAGACGCAAGCGAGAGGAAGAUCAGUCGCCACCGCGAAGGAAGCGCCUCAACUCGGAUCAAAGUCCACCUAGGAGACGUCGCGACUCCGAUCAGAGUCCGCCCCGACGUCGCAGAAGCCCCAACAUCGAUCAAAGCCCGCCCAGAAGGAGUCGCCGAAGUCCCAACCCGGACCAGAGUCCGCCCCGCCGCAGAAGAAGAGACGCGGAUCAGAGCCCACCACGCAGGCGCCGCAACUCCGAUCAGAGUCCACCUAGGAGACGUCGCUCGGGCAGCCUCAAAGUGGAAUCCCCGCCCGCGCGACGCAAGAGCCGCUGGGCCAAGGGCACGCCCUCGCCAUCGCCACCGCCCACGCACAAGCCGAAGACUUCGUCCAGGACUUUAGAUGGCAAGCGUGCGGGUCUGCAGGAUGCGCACUCGCUGAAACAGGAGUCGGACGAGCGACGGCGACGAGAGCACAAGUUGUUUGAGCAAAUGUCCAGCGAGGUGUCCGGCCGCGAUGCGGAAAUUCAAAUGCGCAGCACGGGCAGACGUGGACGCAGGGCGCGCGAGGCGGCCGAGGAGGAUCCUGCGGAGCAGCGGCGCAAGGAGGAGCACGAGAAGAAGAAGAAGGAGCUGUACGAUCGCUGGGGCAAGGGCUUGAAGCAAAUUGAGGAUCUGAAGGUGCGCCACGAGGAAAUGGCGCAUGAGGCGGCCAAGCCGGUGGCGCGCUAUGCCAACGACGAGGAUUUGGAUCGGCAUUUGCGGGAGCAGGAGCACGCGGACGAUCCCAUGCUGGAGUAUAUGCGACAGAAGCGCAAGAAGCAGGAUAAGCUGGACAACAAGCCCGUGAUGCCCAAGUAUGAGGGAAGUUUUCCGGAAAAUCGCUAUGGCAUUCGGCCUGGCUAUCGCUGGGAUGGCGUGGAUCGUUCUAAUGGCUACGAGCAGCGUUGGUUUGACAAGCAGAACGAGCGCAAGGCGCUGCAGGAUGAGGCGUACAAGUACAGCGUGGAGGAUAUGUAAAAAAAAAGAGAAUUUUUGUAAUAAAAUUUGCAACUUAUACCGCCGA